AUGGCUCUGCUGCUGGACAGCUCCCAUAGCGUGGCAGCCUACCACUGCCUGAUCGGCCGCAGGUUCAGGAGGAGGAGGAAGAAACGCUCAGAGCGCAAAGGUCGAACAGGGGCCCGGCCUCCUCGGAACCAACAGAGGCUGCUCACCAUAGAGGGGGAAGGAGCAGGAAGCAUGAGAACACACAUCACUUGUUCAGUUUCAAAGAGAGAUAAAGGAAUCUCUAAAUUUUACAUUUACAAGAUCCUGCAACGAAGGCAUUGUAAGUUACUCUUUCUGGGCACCGCAGGUUCAUGCAGCACAGAUGUUAAGGAAAAUCGGAACUUCGACAACCUCUUCUCCAAAGAGGGUGUUGCAGCUGAGGCUGCUCAACUCCCCAAUGGGAGUGCUGGGGGUGGGAGGAAGCGUCCCUUAGAGGAGGGCAAUAAUGGGCAUACACAUCCAAAGUACAGACCCAAGAAGCGUAAGAAGGCCCCUGGGCCCAUUCUGCCAAAGAAUGCCCUCAUGCAGCUGAAUGAGAUCAAGCCAGGGCUGCAGUACAAACUGCUCUCCCAGACGGGGCCAGUCCAUGCCCCUGCCUUUGUGAUGACUGUGGAGGUCAAUGGGCAGCUUUUUGAGGGUUCGGGUCCAACGAAGAAGAAGGCCAAGCUGAAUGCAGCAGAGAAGGCCCUGCGCUCCUUUGUUCAGUUCCCUAACGCUUCUGAAGCCCACAUGGCCAUGGGUCGGACUCUGUCUGUUCACACGGACUUCACCUCAGACCAGGCUGACUUUCCGGACAUGCUCUUUAACGCAUUUGAGACAUCCACCCCUCUAGAUGAGUCCUUUUACCUUGCUUCCAACAGUAACGGUUGUUUCAGCUCAUUGGGAAUAGAGUACCCAUUGCUACCCUCCCCUAUACCAAACCUGGUCCAGGCUCCAUUACUUCCCGCCCCUUCCACCUUCAUCUCACCUACAAACGGCAAGAAUCCUGUGAUGAUCCUGAAUGAGUUGCGGCCCGGCCUCAAGUAUGAUUUUGUGUCGGAGAGCGGGGAAAGCCACGCUAAGAACUUUGUCAUGUCAGUGACAGUAGAUGCUCAGAACUUCCAGGGUUCCGGGCGGAACAAGAAGCUAGCCAAGGCCCGGGCUGCCCAAGCUGCUCUGUCCGCUCUGUUUAACAUGCAGCUGGACCAGGCUCCAUCACGGCAACCUAUACCCAGAGAGGGACUGCAGCUCCACUUGCCACAGAUCCUGGCAGACGCCGUCUCUCGUCUAGUUGUUGACAAGUUCAGCGAACUGACGGACAGCUUUGCAUCUCCGCACGCCCGACGGAAAGUCUUGGCAGGUGUCGUCAUGACAACAGGUAAAGACGUGAAGGAAGCUCAGGUCAUCUGUGUGUCCACUGGAACCAAGUGUAUUAAUGGUGAAUAUAUGAGCGACAGAGGUUUGGCCCUCAACGACUGCCAUGCUGAGAUUGUGGCUCGAAGGUCGCUCAUCAGGUACCUGUACUCCCAGCUGGAGCAUUUCCUCAGUAACAAUGAAGAUGAGCACCAGAGAUCCAUCUUCUCCAGGUGUGACAACAGACAAGGGUUCAGAUUGAAGAAGAAUGUCCAGUUCCACCUGUACAUCAGCACCUCCCCCUGUGGAGAUGCCCGCAUCUUCUCUCCUCAUGAAGCUGGAGUGGAGGAUCAGGGAGACAGACACCCGAACAGAAAGGCUCGCGGGCAGCUGCGCACUAAAAUUGAAUCUGGUGAAGGAACCAUCCCAGUCCGCUCCAGUAACACCAUUCAGACGUGGGACGGGGUCCUUCAGGGAGAGAGGCUGCUCACCAUGUCCUGCAGUGACAAGAUAGCCAGGUGGAACGUGGUUGGUUUCCAAGGUUCCCUCAUGAGCUACUUCACUGAGCCCAUCUACUUCUCCAGCAUCAUCCUGGGCAGCUUGUACCACGCUGACCACCUCUCCAGAGCCAUGUACCAGAGGAUUACUGAGAUCGAGGACCUGCCACAGCCUUUCAGCUUGAACAGACCUCUGCUCAGUGGAAUAAGUAACGCUGAGGCUCGGCAGCCAGGAAAAGCGCCAAACUUCAGUGUGAACUGGACAGUGGGAGAUCAAGGACUGGAGGUGAUCAACGCCACCACAGGGAAAGAUGAUCUCAGUCGACCCUCCAGGCUCUGUAAACACGCCCUCUACAGCCGCUGGAUGCGUCUGCACUGCAAGCUCUCCUCCACCCUGCGGAUCAGAACAGUGAGGCCCAGCAGCUACCAUGAGGCCAAGCAGGCGGCAGUGGAGUACCACUCCGCCAAGCAGACCCUCUUCAGAGCCUUCCGCAAAGCCGGACUGGGUGCCUGGGUAAAGAAACCGAUAGAGCAAGACCAGUUUGCCCUCACCAUCUGAGUUAUUGCAUGGCCUGGUGCAGACUUUCAGUUUCAGUGGUGGAGUCAUUUUCCUCUGGACUGUCAUGGGCUGGAGUGUGUGUUAAUUGGAAGAAAGGCACCAAAUCCAGAUGUCAGAAUCCAUGGAUUUAACAUUCCACCUUACCUUUUAUAGCCUCAUGCUACUCCCUCUCAGCCAGCACUACAAACUGUAUUUUAAAAAAAGAUACGUAUUCAGUCAGUUAUGCAACUUUAUACAAAUUGUUGUAUAUUGAUGUAUGUAUGAAUUUUGCAUGGAUGAUUAUACCAAAUUCAUAGGAAGUCUCCGGUAAAAGAUUUGUUAUCAUCUUCAGUAUUGUGAUCUCAAAUCAAAUCUUCAGUAUUGUGAUCUCCUGCAGUUUGUAAAACCAGGUUUGAUCUUGUCCGUUGCAGUUCUUUCACUGCAAAUUUGAGGUCACAAGGAUAAUAUAUAAUAAGCAACAACCACCACAGCUGAUUGUGAUGAGCUUCUCUUUAAGCAGUAACAUCUAUUCAAUGAUUAUUAAUUGAUUAAUAAUUAUGAUUAUUAUUAUCUAAAGUCACACCAUGGUGACCAUUGGAGGAACAGCAACUUAAAUCUCAAUAAUGCUGAUGCAGUUUCAUUUGUGGCUUGACUGCAACAGUGGGGUCAACAGGUUUCUCCAUUGGUCCUUGCUCUUUCAAAAUAGAUUGGCACAAUAAGUUUCUAUUAUGUCAUCAAUGGAUGUUUGCAAUAAGUGUUGCAGACUUUUUUUUUUUUUUUCAAAAAUAGCACCUAGCGACAGAGACUUUAGCUAUUCUCCAUAGAAGAGAGUCUCCAGUGUUUCCCCGAGGUCAGACUCCACAAACACACCUCUCUAUGAGUCUCAUUCAACUGACCUCCAGAGCAGCUGACAGACACACGAAUGAUCCUCUAGCUUUCUCUCUGACUGAUCAUUUUACAGGUAAAUAUAUCUGAAACCACAGGAAAGCCGUUGUCUUUAACUUAUAAAAUCAAGAUCUUAGCAGCAGCAGAGAUAGCUUGAAAUGACUGCAAGUUAACGUGGCUCAGUCUAGAUAUAUAUUAGGUUUUGUCCUAGUCUGGUUUAGAAAAAGGGUUCAGUUAUUUACUAAAACAUCAGCUCACUGUUGGAUCAAUCCACAUUUGGUGCUUUAGUGAGUAUUUGGUGCUGCCAGACCGUCUUCCCCCUCUCUUUAAUCCUUACUGUCUUGGGUCAUUUCUUCGCCAACCAGGUUUUGACACUUUCAGGAAUCCUGAUGCAGAUAUUUGUUACCACCAGGGUUUGACUAGCUGCCCAAGCUGAACCAAAGGAGGAAACUCUCCAGAGGUUGAAACCUAAAACAUGUUUCCCAAUAUGAGCCCUGUUGCACUUAUUCUAACCACUUUUAUGCAAUGAAACAAACAUUUCAGAGUCUGUGAAUGUGUCUAACUGCUGAAAACCCACAUACUGCUGGUGUUGGUAUUGGUGUCAAGUCAUUUUUUACCACAGUAAAAGCACACCAAAGAUGAUGUCAGUAUUUUUCAAACCUUUGAAAAUGUAUUUAUUUUUAUCUUAUUUUCUGAUGCUUUAAUCUGCUUCUACAAACCAUUCAUCUGUAUGUUGCUGAUGAUGUGUGUAACAUGGGUAGCGCUAUUGUCUUUAUAUGUCUUCACUGUGUGUCCCUGUGUUUCUAAUUUAAACCAUGAAAACUCUGAGCAUAUGCAAACAUUUUCCUGUCUCAGCAUAAGUUACCACAGGAUCUGCACCUCAAUAGAGUAGGUAUGAACGGGAUGAAAGGGGAACCACAACCCUCUACAUGUCAGCUCUCUGUCCAUAUGUUGAUGGUUGGUGAGCCUCUACAGUUCUAGUUCAUUUCAUGCACUUUGUUAUUGAGUUGUCCCAUAAAAUACAGCAGAACCACAGGGACUAAUGCAUGAGCUCUACAUGUAAAGCAUGACAAAUCGAAAUAUAAAAUAUGUAGAAACUGAGUCAAGUCACUGAGCUAGAGAUUUAAUAAAAUGCUACUGCAGUCA